CGAAAUCGUAAAAUAGACAUGAUAUUAAAGCUAAUAAAUUAAGAAGAAUGGUUUGGGCGCAGUUGACCGGUUGUAUACAUUUGUUGUCCAUAGAAAGUUCAUUCUUUAGUGCAUUCUACACUGGGGGAAAUCGAAAUAUUUUAUGUAUACAGUAAUUAUGAAAUUAUUACCAGGGAUUCAGUAUGCUUGUUCAAGAUAGUUCCUAACUGGGUGUUUAUGUGGUAUUGUUUGGACCCGACAUCGCGUCCCAGUCCCAUUGCUUUCCCUCCAGUAAAACGUCCCAUCAUGGCGUCUCUUGCUGCUAACAGCUGAUUUGAGCUCAGAUUUCUUGUUGCGUUCUAGAACCAUGGAUGUAUUAGAGAACGUUUAGAACGAGUAUGUCCUGAAUCCAUCGAUUCUAUUGGUCAAAAUGCUACCCGCUCUAGUAUGUGUAGAGACCGUUCCGUGGUAGACGUAGAGAGAGACACAAAAACGGUUGCAUUCAGGGCGCAUCGCGUCAUACUCUCAAAGCGACGCCCAUCGGAGGAGAACACAGUCGGCGCCACAAUAUGCAACUACAUGCUGUAAAGCUAACACAAUACAUGCAGCUAGCUAAAACAUUAGAUUUAAGCAUGUCAAAGGAUUCUUUUAUAACCAUUUGUCUACCAGAGCGGACAAGUUAUCUUCCAUCCCUGUAGGAGAUGGACCUGAACGUGGCAGUGAAUGUACCUGUGAGUAGCAUUGGGCGGCCAAACCUUUAUGAGCUGCUGGCAUGGCUCAAUGAAAGUUUACAGACAGGCUUCACCAAGAUUGGGCAGGUAUGCACAGGUGCAGCCUAUUGCCAGCUGAUGGACUGGUUGUUUCCGCAGACCCUGGACCUGUCUAGGGUCCGGUUCCAAAGCAACGACAUGGUGGACAUUAUUCACAACUACAGUUUACUGCAAGCUGCAUUCAGAAAACUCGGAGUGUUGCGACACAUCCCCGUCAAGGAUUUGAUGGAGAGGAACUCUAAUGUGGCUGUGACCUUCCUGCACUGGUUCAAGGUGUUCUUUGACAAGAACAACAACAAGGGCCGGGAGUACCAUGCCUUGGAGGCCAGAGGUGGACAGAGUAUGGUUCCUGCUGACUCAGAUGGACAUUCCUCCCAGACCCCUCCUCAGAAACUGGAGAUAAUUGUGAAGAUGGAGGGCAAAGCAGUGGAAGAACCAAGAAAAGAAAAAGUUCCGGAGAGUUUGAACAAAACCACAGAAGUGAUAGUAGUGAUAUCAGAUGAUGAUGAUGUAAUGGAAGUGACGGAUGUGAAGGUGGAGCAGAAAACAGAAAAAAUGGAGACAGCCGUGAAAGAAGAGGCACCAGUGAAGGUGAAGCAAGAAGAAGAAGCAGUGGACAAAGGAAAUGAAGGGACCAGUUAUAGUUUGUUGCACUUCAUCAGAAGAUACUGUAAUGACAAUGUGGGCACAGACUUCAAUACAAGUAGAGAGACUCAGGUUUCUGCCAUCUUGAAUCCAGCCCACCCUAUAGACAUCAUUAAGGCCUGCUCCAGCACGCCGUACUGCCUCUACCUGUAUGUGGGCGUAGAGCUGGGUGGAGGACACAACACGGGUGUUGUCCUGGUUGGCUACUUGGACCAGAGGUCAGGGGUCAGUGUGGUGAAGCCGCUGCUCACUCUGCAGAUGAGUGUUGACGCUGUUGACCCUCAAACCUCAGCGAACACUGACGCUAUCACAGACACACCCACUGCAGAUACAGAUGCUCAGCAUCUGAUUGAGACGCUGAAAAAACGUGGCUUUCCUCUUUUCAACAUUGUUGCGUUUUACUGUAACGCUCCACACCCAGGGGCGAGCAAGGUGUUUGUUUCUCACUUUCAGGCUUUCAACCCUAGGUUAGUAUCACUUUGCGGCCUCCCUGGGAUGGCAGCAAGAGCAUGCCAGGCCGGACUUUUGGCUUCCUUUGCUUGCGUGGUUGACCUGGUUAGAGACAUCCACUAUCACUACUACACUUGCCCCCAGGUCCGUAGGUGUCUUAAAGAGCUAUUUGCUGAUGCAGAGUCUUAUAACCCAUCCCAACCUAUAUCUGCACAGUGUUUAUUUGUCAUCCAUGCUGUGCAAAAGAUGGCCAGCUGCUGGAGGGUUUUAGUGGACUAUUACAAGUCACUAAUGAAAGCACAGGAUGUUGACCAGAUCAGAACCCGGCUGAUGGAUGCUAAGGUCAAACUGCGCUUCAUGUUUCUUGCCUCCAUUUUGGACCCCCUCCGAGCUCUCCAAGAAUAUCAGCAGGGUGGCACAGCGGCCGUUCCUGGGCAGCUCCAGCUGGCCUCUAUGCUGGUUCACUCCUACGCUACCAGUCUCUUUCGGCCCUCCGUUGCCAAGCGCUUCCUUAGGAAGCGAGAUCCGCAUCUCCUUCAAAAUAGGACAGAGAUGCUCCCCGUAGCAGAGGUGCACGUGGGUGCUCGUGCCAGAGAAUUCAUGUGGGCCACUGCUGUCGUGGAUCUGGGGGAACAGGAGAGGUUGGACUUCCUGCAGGAUGCAGAGACUUUCUAUAAAGCAACACUCCAGAGUUUAGUAGAGAGUCUGCCUGAGCAUCUUGGAGAAGUGGCACUGAGGAAUAUCGACCAAGUGCUGAAACAUCCUGACAAUAUCAAUCGUUAUAAAUUGUCCAGCCAAGCGCUGUCAGAGAUGAGCAUACAGCUGGGUCUGUUUUCCGAUGGGUCUGUAGGAAGACAUCCCCUGGACCGCGACUACCUCACUUUCAUCAAAACAGUAAAGGAGGAACGGAGUCAUUGCUGGGCAAAGAUGUUGCCUGCCAUUAGGCCCCACUCUGCUCUGCAGAGACUUUUCCUUGACAUCCUGGCUCUACCAAGCUCUCUUCACAGGAUGCAGGUGUUUGCUAAGGCUCUUCGUACCACCAAGGAAACCUCCAGAGCAGGUUGCCCAGGAAUACCCCGCAUAAGGAAACCUGUCCAGGCCGACUAUGGUGGCGAUAAGAAAGUAGUGAAGAAAGAAGGGAUUUCAUCAAAGGGUGGUGACAAUGUUGAGGCCAAACCCAGUCUCCAUCUUCACUCCAAACGCUGUAGCUCUAUGGAGGACUCCGACUACACAGACAAUUCUUCUGAUGUGGUUGAUGUCACCGAAGAGUCCAAAAAAAGCCAGACCAACAGUCUAAUCAAAUCAAAAAGUGGGAGAACUCUGCAGGUCCAGGUCAUCCAGGUCUCAGAUGAUGAUGACCGAGGGGUUUUACCAAUCACACCAAACAACUCUACAGAAUUGAUGGAUGUGAUGGGGGAGCUGGUCUGGGGUCAGCCAGAGGGCUUCUCUCUCUGGCCAGCCAUCAUUGUACCCUUCAGGGAAGAGCUCCAACAUCCAGAGAGCAGGAUGGUAGAGUGGUACGGUCAGAACAUGUCCUCUCAGGUCAGAUUGCAGGCUCUGAAACCGUUGGCUGCCUUCGCCCAGCACUUCUGCUCCAACUCCUUCGCCAUCCUCGUUACCUACCGAGAAGCCAUCUUCUUGUGCUUGCAGGAGGCAGCUCUACGUUGUAAGAAGCCGUUUUCUACAUGUGUUGAGGACCGAGAUGAGCUUCUGAAACAGAUGUUAGACUGGGCAUUUGGAGGCUUUCAACCCAGUGGGCCAGACGGACUGAAACCAACGGCUGCCACAAACAGUGCUACCAAAACAAACAAAAGACCAAAAGUGAAGCAGAAACUCUUCCCGAAGACCAACUCCUCUCAUCCCCCCAUCAGAUCCUCCACCUUGAUGAGCACCAAGAGCAACCUCGAGCUGAGAGAAGUGUCGGUCUCUCUUAACAGGUUGUCGUCUCAAAGAGGUGGAGGUGGGAAAACAUGGGAAGCAUGGGAAGAAGAAUGUGACUCCCCUAAAGGAGACACAAAGGAGAAGGGAUCCCGAGUAGGAUUGGCAGCAGAGAAGGGAGGAUGGGAGGGAGAGAGAGAUGACUGGGGAAGAGGGUGGGAGAAGGUCAAAGGAGUGGGGAAAGGGAAGGGUAAGGUAGGGCGGCUUCAGAAGAAGAAAAACUGUCCGUCUGAUGGAUUUGACGAUGACAUGUCACCCGACUUUGUGCCACAAAAGAGGAGGCCCUACACCAAAUCUUACAAUAAGGUCCAACAGACGACCAGCGAUUACACCCAGCCGGACCAAAAACUCAGAGAGGAGACUAUUCGUAGGAUCAUGGACAUGAAGCUGGACAUUGAAGGCUUCUGUUUGUGUUGUGGAACUGAAGACGUUGAGAUAUCCCACCCUCUGUUUAAAGGCAGCCUCUGCUUGGAGUGUAAAAAUAACUUAACAGAAACUCUGUAUCGUUACGAUGAAGAUGGAUAUCAGUCCUACUGUACCAUCUGCUGCUAUGGACUGGAGGUCAUACUGUGUGGCAAUGAUAGCUGCUGCAGAUGUUAUUGCACAGACUGUCUCAACAUCCUUGUCGGUCAGGGGACGUUUGAUGCCUUGAAGCUGCUGGACCCGUGGAUCUGCUACUUGUGUCAGCCUCAUCGCCCCCACGGUGCUCUGAUCCCCAGAGAGGACUGGAGUGUCCGUGUUCAGGACUUGUUCGCCAACAACAGCGCCAUGGAGUUUGAGGCUCACCGGGUUUAUCCGUCCAUCCCUGCAAACCAGCGCAGACCAGUCCGAGUUCUCUCACUGUUUGAUGGCAUAGCAACAGGCUACCUGGUGCUGAAGGAUCUCGGCUUUAAAGUAGAGAAAUAUGUUGCCUCGGAGGUUUGCGAGGAUUCGAUUUCCGUGGCAACCAUUGGCCACGAUGGGAAGAUCAUCCACGUUGGUGACGUCCGGUUCAUCACAGAGGAACACUUGGAGCAGUGGGGUCCGUUUGAUCUGCUGAUCGGUGGCAGCCCCUGUAACGACCUCUCCAUCGUCAACCCCUUGAGAAAAGGCCUCUACGAGGGCACCGGCAGGCUGUUCUUUGAGUUCUACCGCAUCCUUCAGCUGCUGAAGCCCAAAGAGGAAGACCCCAGGCCCUUCUUCUGGCUGUUUGAGAACGUGGUCUUCAUGAACACGCACGACCGAGUCAACAUCUGCCGCUUCCUCGAGUGCAACCCGGUGCUGGUGGAUGCCAUCAAAGUCAGCCCUGCUCACAGACGGCGUUACUUCUGGGGAAACAUCCCGGGGAUGAGCAGGCCCAUUAUAGCAUCCCAGAAUGACAAGCUGGAUCUCCAGGACUGCUUAGAGAUCGGCAGAGAAGCCCGGGUCGCCAAAGUAAGGACCAUCACCACCAAUUCUAAUUCUCUGAAGCAGGGCAGCUCUUCUCUGCUGCCCGUCCUCCACAACGGCAAAGAGGACAACCUCUGGAUCACAGAACUGGAAAAGAUCUUUGGUUUCCCCAAACACUACACAGACGUGAGGAACAUGAACCGGCAGCAGAGGCAGAAGGUGCUGGGGAAGGCGUGGAGUGUGCCGGUCAUCCGUCACCUCUUCGCUCCCCUUAAGGACUAUUUUGCCUGUGAGGAGCUGCCUCCUUUAACCACGUCCGCCACCUCCUCCUCCACCUCCCCGUCCUCCCCUGCCUCUCCAGAACUGCAGCAGCUGAGAUAGGGGAGGCUGGGAAUGUUUGGUACGUGUGUUUGUGUGGAGGUUGGUUUUUUUCACACCACACUUUGUAUGAGAACUCGGUGGAGCUCACAGACAAGCUUUUGCAGAUCACCGCCACGGGGACAUUUAGUAAGCUAUGCACUCGAGUCUCUUGCAUCGCGUCACGUGUGCUGUUUGUCAGCACAGCUGACAGUCACUUUGGCCUCCAACUAUGCUCUGUCCAAUUCAUGGUUCCAUGCUGAUUUCCUCCAGGCCUGUGUUAUCAAUUAUCCUCUAAACUAUUUGUUUGUAUCGUUAGUAUUUAAACAUGAAUAUUGAUCCCAUAUCCUCAGGUUAUAUAUGGGUCAAAAUAUGGUAUAUGUCCUUGAGAUUUUUAACCAUUUUUAAAUAAAUAGAUUAGAAAUCAAGUUUACAUGGUGAUUGUGAGAGAAGUCAUAAACAACCUCAACAUUUGUUAGUUUUUAAAAGUGUGAAUCAUGUUAAACUGAGAGUUGCCUCGCUACUUUACGGUGACCUUCUAAUCAUGCUUCCUGGAGAAAUUACCAACUUGCAUUAUUUUGUAUUCAGAUAUUUGAGAAGAUACAAGAUUUUGUGGCGCACUAUCAUAGUUCAGACAUCUUUUUAUUCAGUUUUUAACUUUUCUUCCAUCCUUUUCGUUCUUUCUUUGUUUUUUUACUGUGUGUGUGUGUGUGCGUGUGCGUGUGUGCGUGCUAAUAAAAUAAACAAAGUCCACACUGAUGAUAACAGCUACAUGCUGCCUUCUGAUAAUCACCUGUAUCAUGUUUUACUUUAGAGAAACAGUGAAUGUUGUGACAUAUAUAGAGGCAUUAAACCUCAUUAUAUAUAUUACCCAAAGUUGAUCAUUCAUUGUUUUCACGCAAUGGAAGAACCAGUCCACAAACUAUCUCAUCUGUUUUCCAACCAGCAGCUUUAUUUGAUGUUAAAAAGUAGUGUUACAAGUUUCUUUUCUUCAUCAGGGGAUCAAAAAUGAAAUAAUUAAAUAUCAAGUGACUCUUUGUUUCAAUGUUUAAUGUUUUAUUGUUAUUGCCUUAAAGAGAUAGUUGAGAUGUUUUGAAGUGUGGUUGUAUGAGCUACUUCUCCAUAGUCAGUGUGUUAGCUCCAGUAGAUGGGGGUCAGCACUCCCCCAGUUUGGAGAAGCAGGCAGUAGUACCGACACAGAAGCUAAGCAAUGUCCUGCUGUUUUAGACUCCUAAAAACAUCUGUAUCAGUUUAAGUGUGUCCUAUAUUUAGAAUAUUUUCCCCCCUUUACCUUGGUGUCAGACAGCUCUUUAGGACGGGGACCUGAAGCUGUUAUCUCUGUUCUCUUCAAAGCCACCAGACUCCUUUGACAGAAACAGUCAUUUUACCUCACAGAACACAGGAGUUGUUUGUCUACCGCUGCCUAAAUUGGUUUGUUUGUUUAUAUUAUUGUGUGACUUUAGUGAAUCCGAACUAACCCUUUAAAAUACCAAAAUCACAUUAGCAUGCCGACCGCCAUCUGCUGUUGGUAAUACACUAACGAUGGAUAACAAUACAAACCCACUUCAUAAAAAAACAACUCUGAACUAUCCCUUUAAUUUCAUUUGAUCUUAAAUUGUUAUGUUGUUGUGAUGAUCCUAGACCCCUGAUGCACCAUUUGGCCUAGUUGACUGAUUAUUGUAUAAAGUAUUAGUACACAGUACUGUGAUCUAUUCUGACUGAUGAUUGAAUCAUGGACAUUGGAAGUGGGCUGUACAGUAUUUUUGCACAUAAAACCAGGGGGAUGGAUUCAGAGGCAUGAAAGUGUGAAUGUUCAGUCUGUCAAGUAUCCAUCCUGUCAUCUUUGUACUGUACCAGAUUUUACUGUUACUCUUGAUAUUGUUUUUAAUGAGGGACAUGUGUUUGGGCAAGUGAUAGAAGGCAAAUAAGGAUGAUUUUACUUGGAACUGAUGACAAUAGCAAUAAAAGAACUACA